CAUCAAAGAAAUGAAUAAUAAUAUUAAUAAUAACAAUAGUGAUAAUUUAAAAAAACAAUCAUUUAUAAAUAAACUAAUAAUAGAUGAAGAUAUAAGUAAUUUAAAAUCAAUAGUCAAAUUAAAUAAAAAAUCAAUAUCACAUAAUGAAAUUGUAUAUAUAAAAUCACCAAAUAAAUCAUUAAAAGAAAUUGAAGAAUAUUGUUUCUAUUUAAAAGAUUUACCAAAAACUGUUAAAAGCUGCAUAUUUAAUCAAUUUUCAUGUUUAUUUAUUCACCUUUUUCAAAUUGAAUUUAAUAAUAAUAUAAUAGUAAAUAAUAAAGGUAUUUCAACCCAUAUCAAUAAUAAGAAUGGAAGAAGUAGCAUAAAUAACUCAACUAAUAAAAUCAAAGAUUUAGAUGGAUUUCUUGAUUGUACAGAUUUAAAGAAAAGUUUAUUCACAAUUCACGAAAAUCUAUUAUCAUUACUUCAAAAAAACUCAUUCUAUUGGUACGAACCAAUUUUAAAAUGGUCAUUAGGUUGUUUAACAAUUUUAAUAAAAUUAUUCAAUAUAUUAAAAUCAAAUAAUAAUAUUAAAAAUAAAAAUAAAAAUAAACAAAAAAAAGAUAAAUGCCCAAACUAUAGCGAUAGUAAUAAAAAUAUAUCAACAAUAGUUAAAGAAAGAUUAGAAUAUUAUUCGUUUAAGAGCUUAUUAUCAAUAGUAUUACACCUAGCAAGAGAGGAAUCAAUUGAAAAUUUUUUAAAAGCCUCGUCAACAAAAGAAUUUUUAGAUAAUAGUUUAAAAUCAAAAACAACAACAGAAUAUGAAUUGGAUCAUAAAGAAACCAAUAACUCUCAAAAAUUCAUCCAUAACAUUAAAUUGUUUUUAAUAUUGAUUUCCAAAGAUAAUAGCUUUUUAAAAAUUGCACUACCUUCCAUAUUAGAUAACUUAACAUCAUUCAGCAUCGAAGAUUUUGAUAAUAAUAGUAAAAAUAUUAACACCAAUAAUAGUAAUAAUGAUAUUAAUUUUAGUAAUAAUAGUCAAAUAGAAGAAGAUUUAAAAAUAAUAAAAACAAUCAUUGAAGAUAUAUUACUUAGUCCAAAUGAAAUUAUAGCAUUCAACUCCAAAAGAAUUUUAUUAGCAUUAUAUUUCAGUUGUUAUAGCCCAAAAAUUUCAUCAAACCCCUCAAUUAAAACAAUUGCGCCAAAUAAAAAAAGAUUUGAAAUUUCAAUAAAAUUAUUUGAAUUAUUAAUCGAAAAAUUAGAAAAACAACUAGUUUUAAAAUCAUAUUCACCUUCAAUUAAUUUAGAAUUAAAUAAUAAUAAUAAUGACAAUUUUUAUAAUGAAUUUAUUAAUAAUUUAAAUCAUCCCCAAAAUAUUACUUUUUAUUUAAAUCAAAUAGAAUUUAUUGACCCCUCUUCCUCCUCAACAUUAAAACCAGAAUCAAUUAAAAAAAAUAAUUUACUAUUAAAAUUAAUUUCAGUAAUUGGUGUAAACUCAAUUAAAUCAUCCAUAGUCAUUUUAACAUACUUAUUAACAGAACUAAAAUCACCAAUCGAAUAUUUUUAUUUAUUUGCAGAAACUUUUCAGGCAGUAAAUUCAAAUACUAUAAAUUAUUUUAUAAAUGAUAUUUUUAAAUCAAUAGAUUCCUAUAUUGAAUCUGAUUUAUUAUUAUUAUUAAAUAACUUAUUAAUAUUAGUUAAAAAAUCACCAAUCACAACAACCAUAAACAAUCAUACCAAUGGUAAUCAAAAUCAUAAUCUAAUUUUAUUAAAAAUUCAUAAAAAAAUUUUAAAAUCAACAAGAAAUAAUUGGUCAAAAUUAUUAAAUUUAAUUAAUCACCCAAAUACAAUAUAUUCCCAUAAAAAUAUACCCUUAGAAAUUUUAUAUCACUCAUUUAAUAAUAUAUACAAAAAUACAGAGUACCAAAUACCAUCACCAAAACAACAGGUAGAGAAGAAAAAUAAAAACCAUAAUAAAUCUGACCAAAUAUUUGAAACUAGGAUAUUGAUUGAAAAAAUACUCUUCUUUAUUAUCAAAAAUUUAAGAAAUCUUCAACAUAACAAUACCCACGAUAAAGAACUCAAAAGACUAAAGAAAUUUGAAGAAUAUAAAAAUUUUUAUUUAUUAUUAUGUGAGGAAUCAUUUUAUUUUACUAUUACCAUAGAUGUAGUUUUAGAUAAUUUAUUUUCAACAAAAACAGAUAUGAUUAUUAAAGUUCCAGCCCUUUGUCCAUUAUCAUCUGCCAAUACUAUUCCUCCUCCAACCUUUCCUGAUAACUCACCACCAGAUAUAAAUAAUAAUGAUGAAAAUAAUAAUAUGAAUAUAAUAAAUAAUAAUAUAAUAAAUAAAAAAAAGAAUAAAAUUAGACAUGAGGAGGAAGAAGAAGAGGAUAUUUAUUUUAAUCAAAUUAUAGACCCAUCACUACCACUUUCGCAACCAUUAGUAAUUUCAAGUUUACAACCAACUUUAUUUGAAAGCAACUAUGAAAGAAAAUAUUACCACUAUAAAUUUAACGAUAUGAAUAAUCCAAGUCACAUUUCAUUCACAAACCAACCUUCAAAGAAAAAGAAAUUAGAUAGUGCAAAUGAACUAUUUAAUGAUAGAGCUCAAAAUGAUACAAAUAUGGAUGGUACUGAAAAUAAUAAAGAAAUUUCACCAGCAACCUCAAAUUCAACUUCCAGUAGCGAUGUUUUUAUCAAUUCAUUCCAAUCAUUAAAUUUCAUUUUAUUAAAUAAUGAAAAUGAUUUAAUGUCGUUUAUUAAUCAACUACUAAAUGUAACUGGGCCUUCAUCAAGUGAUCAAAGAGAAUGUAAACUAAAGAUUUUAACUGACCAAUUUCUUUUAAGAGUUGUUCCAAACCAUUUAGAACCAACCUACGAAAAUUAUCAAGAGAUACUACCCAAACAAUCAAAUUUCGAAAGAGAUAUUUAUAUUAGAAAUUUAUUCCAACAAAAUCCAUUCCUCUACAGAAUUUUAGAAAUUAUUUCAACCGAUGCAAGACAAUUGGUUAGAUGCUUAGAAGUUCUCAAAAGUCUUUUAGUUAAUGAAAUAUCAUACUGGUAUCAAUAUAAGAACUAUGGCGACAACCCACUAAAAUCAAAUCAUUACCUAAGCACAAUACAAUUGGUCCAAAUUUUAAUCAACUCUCAAUUCAUUGUUCACCCAUUGAACCUUAGCUUAGAACUAUUCGAUAUAAUCAAAUCAGAGGAGAUAUCAUAUAUUCUAACAAGCAUUUGGAAUUUUAUUAAAGAUUAUAAACCAGAGCAAUCCCAAUAUCAACUAAACCCUGAUUCUAAAAAACUACAAAGAGACUUUAGUUACGAUGCAACACCUUACUCUUUAACUUUAAAAUCAAUUUUUCACAAUCACAUAAAAGAAUUAUGUUAUCACUAUUCAAGAUUUUUCCCAAAAAAAUAUUAAUAAAGAUUAUAUUAAAAAUAUUAUAGUUAUUUUAUAU